CUCGGAAACGGAAAUUUUGAGAUCCACGCAAAUUAGACAGAAUGGGAAAGGUUACCUUUUACGAGGACAGGAACUUCCAGGGUCGGCACUAUGAAUGCAGCAAUGACUGUGCCGACCUGUCCCCUUACAUCAGCCGCUGUAACUCCAUCCGUGUUGACAGUGACUGCUGGGUGGUGUAUGAGAGACCCAAUUACAUGGGAUAUCAGUAUGUUUUGACCAAGGGAGAAUACCCUGACUACCAGCGUUGGAUGGGAUUCAAUGACAACAUCAGGUCAUGUCGCACUUACUCAUAUUCCAGCGAUGGUGCCUACAGAAUGAAGAUUUUCGAGAGGUCUGACUUUGCAGGACAGAUGAUGGAAUUCACAGAUGACUGUCCAUCUGUCUAUGAUCGUUUCCGUUACCGUGACAUCCACUCCUGCCAUGUGAUGGACGGUUACUGGAUCUUCUAUGAACAUCCCAACUACAGAGGGCGACAGUACUUCAUGAGACCCGGUGAAUAUAAAAAAUUUGGUGACUGGGGAGCAACUUGCCCAACAAUUGGAUCUUUCCGCCGUGUAAUGGAUUUCUAA